UUUGGGGUUUGCCUUUAAGAACAUAAGCAAGGUAAAAAGGCAAAAAUCAGGCAAAAUUGUGUUUCUUGUCAUUCUUGGAGGGAUAUCUCUUGCUAUGGUAUGGCAGCUAGGAUCUUCUAUACUGAAGCUACAGCGUUGUUUAACAGGAACUAGUGUGGAAUACAUGGAUGUGGACUCUAAUCUUAAUAUUUCCAUAUCAAUGUGUGCACGAUGUGAUUCAUGGCCUGUUAUAACUCCAACGGAAAAUUACUUUUAUGCUUAUACAAGGGAACAUGAAGAUGAACCAUGGAUAUAUGAUACAGAUGUAUCUGAUGUUUAUACUUGGCAGGCAAAGUCUAAAGUGGUUUACACAUGUAGAAGCAUCAAUUUUAAGAAAAGAGAAGUAAAAAUCUUUCACAAAAGUGGGGAAAAUUCAGAUGAUGUAAUAUUUUUACAUUCUCCUGGCAUGAUUACAACCAAUACACAGCUGAAGCUAAUGCAGACUGAUUUUGCUAAAAGCAACAUUCUAUUGUUGAAAUCUAAACAAAUUCAAGAAAUUGAAGAAGAAAAGAGUUGCUCUAAUUCAAUAGAAUUUGAUUCAUGCAGAGAUGAGUAUAUCGCUAAGGAGUUUAAUAAUACAUUUGGAUGUAUCUACCCAUUUUUGAAGAACCCUGGUAAUUAUAAGGAAUGCAAACUACCACCAGUUGAAGAAAGUGUUAACUCCGGACAAGACAAUACUGACUUUUGUUUCCAUCUUUAUGAAGAGUUUCCAAAUGAGAACACCAAGCUGGUGAAACUCUACAUAGAUAAAUUAGCAGAGAUUUCUGAUAAAUUUCAGCAGGGUGCAAGAAAAUGUCUUCAUCCGUGCAAAACUGACAUUCUAAGUGUUGAUCUCUUUCACACUGAAAAAAAGGCACAAAAAUCUCUGAUAAUCCGUAAACCACGAAGCAUCCAGGUUCUGAAGAGCGAGUACAUCUACACGUUCUGGGAGUUUGUUGCAGAGUUUGGAGGCUGGGUUGGAGUACUCUUUGGAUAUUGUAUUCUUGAUCUUUUCAACUUUUUAAUCCAGGCUUAUACUCACCUAGAGAUAAAUUUUUCUUAAUCUUAAUCUGUUCCGCGAAAAAAUGCAAAAUUUUCCAAAAAAGAAAAUUUUUUUUGCA